GUCUGUGUUGGUCAUUCAUUGCGGGGUGUUAGACAUCUUCCAGUGGUUAAACAAAAACAGAAAACGGUGAAAACUAAAGCAAACAAAAUUGCAAAGCACAUUUUCAAAUAAAAAUUAUCGAACAAGCAAAAAGGAUAACAAAUUACGUUAAAAAUCUUAAACAAAAAAAAAAAUCGAGAAAAUAACCAAGUGUCAUUUAUAUAACUUUGGGUAAAAGGAAAACAAAAAUUUUGAGUACGAAAAAUCAAACUUCCUUUUUGAAAUUGUGUUGACUUAACCUUUUUGGGGACUUCUCUAACAUUUUUUUUGGAUUAAUUUGCUGUGCUCUUGGAUUUUUCUAAGCGUCUACUAAAGGCUUUGUUUUCGAACUUCUUCAUUCCAGGAAACUAAUCUAGAAUCAUCAUUUACAAAAUGUCUUUACUGACCAGCAACAGUCACUCCAUGUCCGAGGAAGAAAUCGAUGAAUAUUCCGAUGGCACUGUCAAAUUGCGUAACCCCAAUAUUGAACUCAUGGAUCAGGAUAUUUUGUAUCAUUUGGCUUUGGGCAGUGAAUCGCAUGAUCUCAAUGAAAUGUUCGGUGAUGUUAAGUUCGUUUGCAUGGGCGGGACACCAAAGCGUAUGGAGAACUUUGCACAUUUCAUCAUGAAUGAAAUCGGCUACAAAUUACCUGCAGGCACGAUGUUGCAGGACAUCAGCGCCUACUCGUAUCGGUACUCGAUGUACAAAGUUGGACCAGUGCUUUGUGUCAGUCACGGCAUGGGAACGCCCUCUGUUAGCAUUUUGAUGCAUGAAAUGAUCAAACUGAUGUAUCAUGCCAAGUGCCAAGACCCGGUCUUCAUACGUAUUGGCACUUGUGGUGGCAUUGGUGUAGAGGGUGGUACUGUCAUCAUCACCGAGGAUGCAUUGGAUGGUCAAUUAAGGAAUUCGCAUGAGUUUACUAUUUUGGGUGAAACCAUACAUCGCCCUGCUAAAUUAGAUAAGAAAUUGGCUCGUGAACUUAAGGCUUUGGCCAGUCCAGAUGAUCCUUAUGACACCAUUAUUGGCAAAACAUUGUGUACCAAUGAUUUCUAUGAAGGUCAAGGUCGUUUGGAUGGUGCUUUCUGUGAUUUUAGCGAAAGUGAUAAAAUGGCUUAUUUGGAGAAAUUAUCGGCAAAUGGUGUUGUCAACAUUGAAAUGGAAAGCACCAUAUUUGCUGCUCUCACAUAUCAUGCUGGUAUUAAAGCUGCCGUUGUAUGUGUAGCUUUGCUCAAUCGUCUAAAUGGUGAUCAGGUGAAUGCUCCAAAAGAAGUGAUGAAUGAAUGGCAAGCACGUCCCCAGAUACUGGUGGCGCGAUACAUACGCAAAGUAUUAGCCCAAAAGGGUCAGCUCAAGGGAAUCUUUGGGGCGCAGGGUUCCAUAAAAUCGCCCAGACGUUUCAAAUUGGUGCAGCAGGAAUCUCAGGCUCAUGAAUAAAUCUCAUGACAGCAACUUGCUCUCUUUUUCUCCCACACUCAAAACAUACCUACAUAUAUGAAGAAAGCGAUAUAUUUAAUAUGUAAUAUGUGAUGAGGUCUAUACAUACAUAGAGUUAUAUGUGUACAAUUCUUUUUUCUAUUGUAGUUAAAUUAUUCACUUACGUACAUGCAUAUAUAUAUGUAAAACACACACAACUAUUAUACAUAUAUGUAUAUGUUAUAUACAUGUUUAAAUUAUAUAUAUAUAUAUAUAUAUAUAUAAAUAUUAAACUAUUAUUAUUAUAUAUUAUAUGACAAGACAGGCAUAAAGGACAUAGAACCAAAACACAAAUAGAAUAUACAUACCAAAACAAACAACCAUAACUUAAGACAUGUUAAACUUUAUCUAUAACAAAACCCAACAUACUAUACAUAAACAUAGUUUUAUCUUGAAUUCUAACACCGUAAAAAAGUAUAAUACUGCUAAAUCAACAGCCCCAUGAUAUAUGUAAUAUAUGGAUAAACUUCAACUUAACUCCUUAACCAAUGAUAAAAUGCAACUCAGAAUUCAUAUUCAAUAAUUAGGCGCCAAUUGUGUGGUCCCCACUUUCCAAGAGGCCCACGGGCCAAAGUGCGCAAUGUUUGCGCCAGCCCUUGAGACUUUGUUGAAAUGAUUUGAGACAUUUUUAAAUGGCAAAUUCCAUAUUUAUUGUAAUAUAAGCAUUUUUCAUAUAUAUGUACUAUAUUAUAACAAUAUAUUUGAUUUCCUACUUGUUGUUUUAAGAAUCCACUUAAGUCAGUCGGAGAUCUUUUUGCUUUUCUAUUAUUUUACUCUUGUUUAUUAUUCCCCCUUUCCUUGUAGUUUUGUUUUUAUCCUAGUUUUAAGUUCAAAAACUAUGUAUACGUUUAUGUUUUAUAUUUGUUUUAAGAAAACAAAAAAAAGAAGCAUUUAGCAAAAUAAUUGAAAAAUAAAUCAAUUUAAGUCAAAUUAA